AUGUCUCGAAGAUCGAUAUUAUUGCUUGCCGCAACUGUAGUGUUGUUGUACUUUUCUAUUAUACUUUUCAUGUUAAGUCCUCUACACGGUAGUAAAAGUGGUUAUUACAGCAAUAGCUACAUGAGUCAUUUUGGACUACGUCAGGCGCCGAGUGUAAAUUGGUGUAAAGAACUACAUGUGCGAUCACCACCUUUGCCUUACGCCGUAGCACUUGUCUCUUAUCCCGGUAGUGGAAAUACAUGGCUACGAUACCUCUUGCAGCAAGCUACAGGUAUAUUGACUGGUUCAAUCUACAUGGAUUAUGGUCUGCGAGUUCAUGGAUUUCCUGCUGAAAAUGUUACAGAUGGGUCAGUUCUUGUUGUGAAAACCCAUGAAGCUCCACCAGUUGAGCCUGAUAAGUUUAAAUCGGCCAUAUUGUUAAUAAGAAAUCCUCGUGAUGCUAUUUUGGCAGAUUUUAAUCGGCUUCACAAAGGACACAUUGGUUCCGCUCCGAAGUCGGCUUUUAAAAGAAAGUCACGUGAACGAAAGAAAACAGAUUGGUCGUCAUAUGUUUCAACACAACUGAAGGCAUGGGAGUCGUUGCACAAUUUGUGGCUGACGAAGUUUCGAGGACCAUUCCAUAUAGUGUUUUAUGAGACAUUGGUACAGGAUACUGAAAAAACACUGCAAGGAAUACUGAACUUUCUGAAUUUUACCAUAACUGAGGAUGACAUGAACUGUGUGUUGUUGAACAAAGAAGGCAUCUACAGACGUAGGAAAAAAUAUCAAGACUUUGACCCAUUCACGUCAGACAUGUACAGACGGCUGGAUAUAGUUAAAACCAAGGUAUAUAAAACCAUCGAAAUAUACAGAAAGAGAUAUAACAGCACGGAUGUAUAG